AUGUCAUCAUCUUCGCCAGAUCGCAUCAACGGUGAUGCGCAGGACACCUUUAAUGGCCCCGAGGACCAGUCGGGGCCGAGCCCUGUCCUGCCGCCACCGGCAGCACUUCCUUCUGGCACAAAUGGGAGCUUUCCCGCCGGCGACCCUUUGUCGCCGCUGGACUUUGCCGGUUUGUCGCCGGAGGUUGUCGCGCGCCUCGCGCACAUCGUCAACAACUUUCGUUCCCUGAACGGUGGCAGCCACGCUACCAGCCUUGCCAAUGGUUCAUCUGCCUCCCCUGCACCACGAUCGCCCGCACCGGCACCAUCACACCCGCAAAAUCCUUCUUUAGUAUCAACUGGAGAGGAUUCGCUGCUCAGUCUCGAGAAACAUCUACACGAAGACACCAAACGCUUGCUUGCCAACGCAGAGCAGCGCAUCAAGAAACUGAACAACGAAAUCGAAGACCACAACGACAUCAUGGAGGACUUCCGCAUUGAUAACCGCGACCUCAAAGAUCAGGUUGAGGCCAGCACGCUUGAGAUUGAUAGUCUGCACAAGCACAUUGCUGAGCUCGGCCACGUCGAACAACAGCUGAAAAUACAAAUUGCCCGGCAGCAGACGCUUGAAAUGCACCUGCAGAUCGAGAGAGAAGGACGGAAAGCUGUCGACGACGAAUUGGCUGUAAGCCGACGCGCCCACGCAGGCGACCUGCAGAAGAUUGAUGUUGAGCGAAAGCAACAUGCCGCCACCACCGCCGUCGUUGAGAAGCAAAGCGAAGAGAUCCGCGAGCUACAACAACAGCUCGACGCGGCCAACAAGCGCGUGGCGGCACGGGAUCGCAUGCUGGCCGACGCCGAGGCUGAGAAGCGGACAUUACAGGCCACCGUCUUCGACGCUCGCCACAACAUUGAAGAGACAGCGGCCGUCUUUGGCGAGGCGUCUCUGGCCUUCAACACGGAGGUAGACCGCCUGAUGAACACGCUGCUGUCUAUGAAACUGUCAGCCACGCCGCGGACCGUGCUGCCGGUACAAACGCCACAGCCGACACUGCCGCCAACGCCGCCAAGGAGAUGA